UGGCGCAGGCAGCAGGGGACAGCCAGAGAGCCGGCUGCAUGGCGGCGGCAGGGACCGCAGCAGGGCCGGCGGGGCCCGAGCCCAUGCCGAGCUACGCGCAGCUGGUGCAACGGAGCUGGGGCAGCGCGCUAGCGGCAGCGCGGGGCUGUGCGGACUGCGGCUGGGGACUGGCGCGCCGCGGCCUGGCCGAGCACGCGCACCUGGCGCCGCCCGAGCUGCUGCUGCUGGCGCUCUGCGCGCUUGGCUGGACCGCGCUGCGCUCCGCGGCCACCGCGCGCCUCUUUCGGCCCCUGGCCAAGCGAUGCCGCCUUCAGCCCAGAGAUGCUGCCAAGAUGCCUGAGAGCGCCUGGAAGUUUCUGUUCUACUUGGGCUGCUGGAGCUACAGUGCCUACCUGCUCUUUGGCACUGACUACCCCUUCUUUCAUGACCCACCCUCUGUCUUCUACGACUGGACGCCAGGCAUGGCGGUGCCGCGGGACAUUGCAGCCGCCUAUCUGCUGCAGGGGAGUUUCUACGGCCACUCCAUCUACGCCACGCUGUACAUGGACACCUGGCGCAAGGACUCGGUGGUCAUGCUUAUCCACCAUGUGGUCACCUUGGUCCUCAUCGUCUCCUCGUAUGCCUUCCGAUACCACAACGUGGGCAUCCUUGUGCUCUUUCUGCACGACUUCAGCGAUGUGCAGCUGGAGUUCACCAAGCUCAACAUUUACUUCAAGGCCCGAGGCGGCUCCUACCAUCGGCUACACGCAGUGGUGGCAGACCUGGGCUGCCUCAGUUUCUGCUUCAGUUGGUUCUGGUUCCGCCUCUACUGGUUCCCGCUUAAAGUCCUGUAUGCCACGUUCCACUCCAGCCUGCUCGCGGUGCCCGACAUCCCCUUCUAUUUCUUCUUCAAUGCGCUCCUGCUGUUGCUCACCGUCAUGAACCUCUACUGGUUCCUGUACAUCGUGGCCUUCGCUGCCAAGGUGUUGACUGGCCAGAUGCGCGAGUUGAAGGACCUGCGGGAGUACGACAUGGCAGAAGCCCAGAGCCCCAAGCCCAGCAAAGCUGAGAAACCGCUGAGGAACGGACUGGUGAAGGACAAGCGCUUCUGAACCCCUGGACCCCCUUCCCCACCUCCCAGAUCCGGCCCCGCCCCCAGGACACCCACCGAGCCCCUGGAGACACGGGUCCGCCCCCUGACGAGCCCUG